UAUGUAAAUCCCUAACAAUUACGGUAAUGCCUACUCUCAAAAUUAAUACUCAUAAUAAGGCUAUGUCUAAUAUCCAUAAAUCUACGCUUAAUAAUAAUACCUAGGAUAAUAAGUUCCAUAGUAAUAAUAUGCAUAAUAACCAAUAAUUAAGCCUACUGUUCCACCAAAGAAACCUGCUCCUUUCUCUUUUGAACCAGGGAGCAACAAGGAGCUUGAUGAUGCCCUAAAUAGUAUUGAUACAAUGUACAAUGAUAUGUUUGACACAGUGGAUAAUUAAAAAUCUAAAGAAGAAUCUGGUAAGAUAUAAAUAUUUAAAAAGCAGGAUAAGAAAAUGCAGAUGGGUAUUACAUGGGAGUUCCUGUAUAAUAGAAGAAUGGUAAUCAGCAAGUCUAGUACAAUUAAAUGCCUAAUGCAAAUGGGAACAUUCAACAAGAUAAGGAGAAAUGGGAUUAUUACAAUGGAAAUCGUAAUUCAUUCUAUUGAAAUAU